AUGCUAAGAACAAUCAAUAGAGCAGCGUAUGGAAUUCGUCUAACACAAAUGCCUGUGGCAUCUCGAACCCUUCAAUGGCACAGAUUUUAUACCAAAGAUGUCAAUAACGAUCAAAUAUUUAUCCAUCCCAUCGCUGACAGCAAAUUUAAGGUAUCGUUAUCUCCAAAGGAAAAUGCUUUACCCCUAGGCUACAGUAAAAACGAAAAGAUUAGCACAACAAACUUUGAUGAUAAUGACGAGUUUUUAUCAGUACUCCACUCAAAUAUUGCCCUGAAUGUCCACAACGACUUUGCUUUCAUCGUUGAGGCAGGCACGUUUGCCAAUUCGUAUAUGCCCAUAUAUGACUUUAGGGAAAUUCCAAGCUAUAGCCGCGUUCCUGAGGUCGACAACAUAUUUGGAUAUGUCCAUGUGAAUGGAGACGGUAAAAUUAUUCCUGGUUCGUAUGAGCCAAAUAGCAUGUAUAGGUUGUGCAAUGGUGCCGGUUUACCUCGUUUAAGUGACCAUAUCUACGAUUUAGUCAGACAGAAGUGCGAGACAACCAAUUAA